AUGACUUCUAUACCCGAUCCGGACAUCAAGGUGGCUCCCGAAAAGGCCAUCAGCGAUGAGGAGCAACUGGCGGCCUUGGGCCAUGUCCAGGAGCUCCGUCGAGAGUUCUCCUUGUGGUCCAUCGUGUGUCUUCAAAUAUCCCUGAUGGCCACCUGGGAGGCUCUGUCUUCCGUGGUUGCAACGGCCUUGACCAAUGGCGGAGCCCCUUGUCUCUUCUUCAACUAUAUCAUUGCACUCAUCGGGACCCUGUUUGUGGUGUUCUCGCUGGGCGAGAUUGCUUCUAUUUACCCGACCGCAGGAGGACAAUAUCACUGGGUCCAUUGCCUCACACCGGCCUCGUACCGCGCCACCGCAUCCUGGUUCACCGGUUGGAUCUCCAUUGGAGGCCAAGUGGUGCUCACCUCGUCCGCAGCCUUUGCCGCGGGACUGCAGCUGCAAGCGCUCAUCACGCUCAAUCAUCCCGACUCGUACGUUCCAACACGGUGGCAGGGGAUGCUGUUCUACUGGCUCGUCAUCGCGUAUUCGACCGCGGUCAAUAUUUGGGGAUCGAAGAUCUUGCCUCAUACAAACCUGGUCUCCGGCGUUUUACAUGUUAUUGGCUUCGUUGCGAUCGUCUCGGUCCUGGGUGCCCUCUCGACGAAACACUCCGCUGCCUAUGUCUUCACCGAAUUUUCCAACACCAGUGGAUGGUCCAACGACGGAGUGUCGUGGCUCGUGGGACUUCUGAGCACCGUCUAUCCUUUCCUCGGAUAUGAUGCCGCCUGUCACCUGAGUGAAGAACUUCCCAAGCCCUCUCGCAAUGUGCCUUUGGCCAUGGUGGGCAGCGUGGUGAUCAACGGUCUCAUCGGCCUAGUCUAUGCGAUCGUCCUUCUGUUCGCACUAGGUGAUCUGGAGAGCCUUUUGACGUCCGCAACCGGAUUCCCCUUCAUGCAGCUCUUCUUCAAUGUCACCGGAUCUAAGGCGGGCGCAUCCGUCAUGACCUUGAUCAUCAGCCUCGUUGCCGUAGCAGCUAAUGCGGCCGGGUUGACUUCAUCCAGCCGUACCGCGUGGGCUUUUGCUCGUGAUCAUGGGCUGCCGGCAUCCGGAUGGCUGUCCGUGGUGAAUCCGACCCUCCAGGUUCCCGUGCGGAUGAUCCUGGUGAUUUCCUUUUUGCAGAUGCUGCUCGGCCUGAUUUAUCUGGGGAGUUACACCGCGUUCAACGCGGUCUUGUCCAUGGCCAUUUUGGGGAUGUAUGCCUCGUAUUUCUCCCCCAUCGUGUUCAUGCUGAUCUAUGGCCGGCGCACCUCCGCUUCGGUCAUUCGUGGUUUGCAAACGGGAAUGUUUAACCUCGGCUCUCGAUGGGGGCCCGUAAUCAAUGCCAUGGCCUUGUCAUGGUUGGUGUUAGCGAUGGUCUUCAGUACCUUCCCCACGGUCCGACCCGUCACGCCGGACAAUAUGAAUUAUUGCGUGGUGGUGACGAUGGGGUGGAUGUUCAUCGGCGGGGUAUAUUAUUACUUGUGCGGCGGCAAGAGACGAUUCUCGGGCCCCGUGGUGGAGCUGGCCGAGGAACUCUGA